GUCGAUUCGUCGUUUAUGAUUUUUUUACAUGUGAAUGGUCUUUUGACUCCCCAUUCCUUACUUUCCAUUUCAUCCACCUUCGUCCAACAUGUCGACAAUCGAGGUGCUUGGUUGAAUUCGCCAUAAUAUAUCCUGGAAAUCCAGAGAGGACAAAAAAAGAAAUUGUUUCAAUCACAAUGUCUUUAACAAAUUUGUUACCCGCUCCUACCCAAGUGGUAUGGGACAAAGACGAUGAAGCACGUGAGCAAAAGUUACGCCAAAGACCUGUCUCGGCACUGGUUAAAGCAGUUGUCACAGCACCACCUUAUGGACAACGGAGAGGAUGGGUACCACGCAAUCCAGAAGACUUUGGAGAUGGCGGAGCAUUCCCAGAGAUUCAUGUUGCACAAUAUCCACUUGGAAUGGGGAUGAAAGGCAAGGAAAUCACAAGUAAUGCAUUGGCAGUACAACUUGAUGCUCAGGGAAAAGUAAAAUAUGAUCUCAUAGCGAGGCAAGGCCACAGUAAGGACAAAAUUGUUUAUAGCAAAUUGAGCGAUUUGUUACCAUCUGAGAUUACAAAUGAAGAAGAUCCUACCUUGCAACGACCACCUGAUGACGAACUUGAUGAACUCACGGAUAGAACCAAAAAAGCACUGGAAAAAAUAACAAGAUCAAAGAUCGCAGCCGCCAUGCCGGUGAGAUGCGCGGAGAAACAAGCUCCGGCGCAAUACAUACGAUAUACACCCUCACAACAAGGCCAAUCAUUUAAUUCCGGAGCCAAACAAAGGGUUAUACGUAUGGUAGAAGCCCAAGUGGAUCCAAUGGAACCACCAAAGUUCAAGAUUAAUAAAAAAAUUCCACGGGGGCCUCCAUCACCUCCAGCUCCUGUAAUGCAUUCUCCAACAAGAAAAGUAACUGUGAAAGAGCAAAAAGAGUGGAAAAUUCCACCUUGCAUUAGUAACUGGAAAAAUGCAAAGGGUUACACAAUUCCUUUGGAUAAACGUCUUGCUGCAGAUGGUAGAGGUUUGCAGCAAGUACACAUUAAUGAAAAUUUUGCAAAAUUAGCUGAGGCUCUUUAUAUUGCUGAUAGAAAAGCCCGGCAAGCCGUUGAAAUGCGCGCACAAUUGGAGAAAAAGUUAGCUCAAAAGGAAAAGGAAAAGAAGGAGGAUCAUUUGAGACAGCUGGCCCAAAAGGCCCGAGAGGAGCGUGCCGGCUUGAAAUCUAGCGCAACAUUAGAUAAAGCUGAAGAAUCACGCGAAAGGGACCAACUCAGGCAGGAACGUCACAAGAAUCGCGCUCGUGAACGAAAUUUAGCUCGUGCCGCCCCCGACAAACGCUCUCGUUUACAACGUGAACGCGAGCGCGAUAUUAGCGAACAGAUCGCGCUCGGUUUGCCCGCAAAGAGCAUUCCGAAUACGGGAGAAGCACAAUUCGAUCAACGUCUCUUCAAUAGCAGUAAGGGAUUAGAUAGUGGUUAUGGCCACGAGGACGAGUAUAAUGUGUAUGAUAAACCAUGGAAAGAUGGCAAUUCGAUUGCUUCUCAUAUUUAUCGUCCUAACAAGAAUAUCGAUAAAGACACUUAUGGGGACGAACUAGAAAAAUUGAUUAAGACGAACAGAUUCGUUCCCGAUAAAGAAUUCAGUGGAACCGAUAGGUCGGCCACGCGAUCAGGACCGGUACAAUUUGAGAAGGAGGAAGAAGAUCCUUUCGGUUUGGAUCAAUUUUUGAAACAGGCUAAGCGCGCCAGCUCAACAACAACAAAACGCAAAGAUGAACGCGAGCAACGUAAAGACGAUCGUGACAAACGAAGGAAGCAUUAAAACAAUUUAUUCAUUCAUCCAGUGAAUAUUAUUUAUUCUAUGAAAAUGAUAAAUUCCGAAAUUUCGUUUCGGAUUUUACUACUUUAUAAUGGAAUAAAAAAUAUGUUCGAUAAUAAUAAAA